UCGCAACGGCAAUCCGGCCACACAAAAAAGAUAAACACAGCUCAAUAACCCCCCUCGUCUCGACUACGCCUCGAUUCGAUUCGACUCGUCUCGUGCUCUAGGUCUUCAUACGCUUUAGUUCCAACGCCGAAUUCGCCUUGCAUUCGCACUCGACGUGCACCUUUUUCUGCCUGGAUCACCCAAAUCAAGUCAUCUGCACCUGUCCGUCCCAGCAACCUGCAUCAUGGACCAGCAACAGCAGCCUCAAGGAGGCGUCCCUGGCCCCGCCGGCCGACGGCUCCAUAUCGCCCAUCGAAGAAGCCCGUCGGAGCUGACCCCGUUGAUGAGUAUGUUCUCGAACACAAACAUGGAACAGCUUGCCAUCCAGCAGCAGAUCGAACUCCUUCAGCAGCAGCAACAGCAAAUUACAGCUCAAUAUGCCAACCUCGGCAUGCUUCCGGCCACCCAACCCCUGGGCCCUGGCGGAUUCACCAAUCCCUUCCAGCCCAUUGCCGGUUUGGCGCCCCAGGCGGGCUUCCAGUUCCCGGUCCAGCUGCAGCAGCAGCCGUCCCUAGCUCCUCCUACACAACCACUUUCACAUCGCCGUAAUCAGUCGGCCAUUCCAAACAUGGGCAUGGGGGGCCCGCCGCCUGCUCCUUCUGCCGGCGCCUCUGGUUCGACGUUCGGAAACUUCCAGGAUCCCACCCAGGGCCACGCCCGAGAGAACAGCACCGGCGGUCGUGGCGGUCGUGGUGGCUCCGGCGGUGGUCACCAGAGAAGACAUUCCUUGGCCUUGGCUGAUGCCAAGAAGGCCGCCGAGCUCGCCCAACAGAAGCGUACGACCUCUACCUUCCAGUUCCCUGCUGCUCCUGCCUCUGGUUCCUCCGAGAAGUCUGAGGAUGAUGCAAAGACCACCCCGAGCGCCACUCCUGCUCCGGCGGAGGGCCAGAUAGCUCAGGGAUCGUCCUUCCGUGGUGGCCGUGGCGGCCAUGGCAGGAGCCAGAGCGUGGCUGUUGGCGCCAGUGGCCGUGGUGGCCGCGGAGGCCAUUUCUCUACCGACUCUAUGGGCCAAGGCAGCGACUUCUCUCGCCGCGGUGGCGGCCAUGCCCGCACUGGUUCCCGCAACUUCGACGGCAACUGGAGGAACCAGAGCCAGAACCAGGCUCAGGACCAGACCGCUGCCCUUCCUCAGAACCAGGGCUUCCAGCCCGGUCAUCGCAGCCGCGGCUCGGUGAGCCAGCAGUCCAUCUCCUCGAUUGGAUCCUUCCAGUACCCUGGACAACCUCAGCUGGUCCAGUUCCCUGGCCAGAUGAUGAUGCCCCAGGUGUUCCCUGGCCAGCAACUCAACCCGAUGCAGCUCAACCAGCUUCAGGCUCUUCAGCUUGCUCAGAUGAAUGGCCAGCCACUUACUGGUCUUGCCGCCAGCCAGCACGCUCCUCAAAUGGCUGCUCCUGGCCAGCAAAGCCAGCAACAGCAGCGCAAGACGCUUUUCACUCCUUACCUUCCCCAGGCUACUCUUCCCGCCCUCUUGGGUAACGGCCAGCUUGUUUCUGGUAUUCUUCGUGUGAACAAGAAGAACAGAAGCGAUGCCUACGUCUCGACCCAGGAUGGCUUGCUUCCCGCCGAUAUUUUCAUUUGCGGCAGCAAGGACCGCAACCGUGCUCUCGAAGGUGAUCUCGUUGCGGUCGAGCUGUUGGAUGUUGGUGAAGUGUGGGCGCAAAAGCGUGAGAAGGAAGAAAAGAAGAAGCGCAAGGAUAUUACCGACACUCGUUCUGGCUCCAUUAGUGGAGGCCAAAAUACUGGUGACGACAAUGGCAACGCUGAAGGAGGACUCCGCCGCCGUGGCAGUCUCAGACAGCGUCCUACCCAGAAGAAGAACGACGACGUCGAGGUUGAAGGUCAAAGUCUUCUUUUGGUCGAGGAAGAGGAGAUCAACGAUGAGCAGCAGCCUCUCUUUGCUGGUCACAUCGUUGCUGUUAUUGAACGUGUUCCCGGCCAAAUGUUCUCUGGUACCUUGGGUCUGCUCCGCCCGAGCAGCCAGGCUACGAAGGAGAAGCAGGAAGCUGAACGCGCUGCGAGAGACGGUGGCAAUGGCCGCCAACAAGACUCUCGCUCCCACGAGAAGCCCAAGAUCGUUUGGUUCAAGCCCACGGACAAGCGUGUCCCUCUGAUUGCCAUUCCUACCGAGCAAGCCCCCAAGGACUUCGUGGAGAAGCACCAGGACUAUGCGGACCAGAUUUUCGUGGCUUGCAUCAAGCGCUGGCCCAUCACUUCUCUGCAUCCUUUUGGUACCCUCGUUGAGAAGCUGGGCAAGAUGGGUGAUCUUAAGGUUGAGACCGAUGCCCUCCUUCGUGACAACAACUUCGCGUCCGACGAGUUUGCUGAGGCCGUUUUGCGCAACGUCAGCCAGCAAGACUGGUCACUUGAAAGUGAGGAUCAAGCUGCUCUUGCCGCUCGCCGUGACUUCCGUGGCGAGAAUGUGUUCACUGUUGAGUUGGAUAGCUCUGUCGAGCUUGGCAACGGUGUUCAUUUCAAGCAGUUGCCUGACGGCAAGAUUGAGAUCGGUAUUCACGUUCCCGAUGUCGCCCACUUUGUUAAGCCCGGCUCACUCGUUGACCGUGAAGCUAAGAAGCGCGGCACUGCGGUCCAUCUCGUCAACCGCUUCUGUGCCCUUCUUCCCCCCAAGCUGUCGAGCGAGCUUUGCACCCUCACUCCUGAACAGGAUCGCUUGACUUUCAGCGUUGUGUUCCACGUCAACCCCCAGACUGGCGCCGUGGCUGAAGGCGACACCUGGAUUGGAAAGGGUAUCGUCAAGAGCGGCGGAAAGGUGUCGCUUAACCAGAUCGAUGAAGCCCUUACCGGUAGCAGUGGAUUCUCCCAUCCGUCUGUGAAGGCUAUGGAUAUACAGAUUCUCAACGCUGUCGCUCAGAAGUUCCGCGAAGCUCGCUUGGGCGCCGGUGGCGAACCCAUUGCGCCUCUCCGUCUCCUCCAGCAACUUGAUGAUGAGAACAUCCCGCCUAAGCACAACAUUUUCGAGUCUAGCCAGGCCACCGAACUUGUUGAAGAGCUUAUGCACAAGGCUAACACCUACGUUGCCCAACGUCUGGCGCAGGGACUCCCGGAGAAAGCUCUUCUGCGCAGGCAGUCUGCUCCCAACUCCCGCCGUCUACAAACUAUCGUUGACCGUAUGACUGCUUUGGGCUAUGACGUUGACGCUACCAGCAGUGGUACCCUACAGAACAGCUUGUUCAAGAUUGACGACUCUGACAUCAGGAAGGGUAUGGAGACCCUCCUCGUCAAAUCCAUGCAGCGGGCCAAGUACUUCAUUGCUGGCAAGACUGCCAGUCUCCUUUGGCCUCACUAUGCCUUGAACUUGCCCCUCUACACUCAUUUCACUUACCCCACCAGGCGCUACGCCGACAUCAUUGUUCAUCGUCAGCUUGAGGCUGUCCUUUCCGAAGGAAAGAUUGAAUAUACCGAGGAUUUGGAGAACCUCGUCAAGACUGUAGAAUCUUGCAACACCAAGAAGGAUUCUGCGCAAAAUGCUCAGGAACAGAGCGUUCACAUUGAGUCCUGCCGCACUAUGGAUAAGAAGCGGCAGGAGGUCAAUGGCGACCUGAUUAGCGAGGGUAUCGUCAUCUGUGUGUACGAGUCUGCCUUCGACGUUCUCAUUCCCGAGUGGGGCUUCGAGAAGCGCGUCCACUGCGAUCAGCUUCCUCUGAAGAAGGCCGAGUUCAGAAAGGAUAAGAGAGUUCUCGAACUCUACUGGGAGAAGGGUGUUCCCAGCUCCGCCUAUGUCCCUGAAGAUGAGCGUCCCAAGGCCGCUGCUUCUCAGCGCAUCUCGAAUGCUCUCGCUGCGGCUCGCCAGGCUGAGGAGGCCGACCGCGCCAAGAAGGAGCGCGAGGAGGCUGCGCGCAAGCAGAUCGAGACUGGUACCGUCUCGCACGAUGAUGUUGACGCUCUGUUCGAGGAUGAGGACGACAUCGAGGACAAUGCCUCUGAUAUCACUGAGGCCAUGGCCGGCGCAUCUCUUGCGGAGCGCCCGACUCAGAGCGUGCCUGGCUCACCUACUCAGUCUGCGGCUGAGGCUGUUGGUGCCCUCCACCGUACCCGGUCCGAUUCGAAGGUGCCCGUCGGUGAGGCGCCGGAGGCUCGCUUGACCAACAAGGAGAAGUACUUGAAGCUCUUCAAGCUCCGCGAGGAGGGUGGCGAGUACAUCCAGGAUGUGACGGAGAUGACCCGUGUGCCCGUCAUUCUCAAGACUGAUCUCACCAAGAGCCCACCGUGCCUGACUAUCCGCUCGCUCAACCCCUAUGCCCUUUAAUGUAAAUGUUUUGAUGCUUUGGAAAGAAGAUGCGCGGCGGCUCAAGAACGGUUAAAGAACGGUUAAGAUGGCUCAGCUUACUGUCUGUCGUCAUGUGGAAAUAUUGUUAAAUAAGUAGGAGGAACGGAUGAUGUGUGAUGUGUUAGGAAGUAACGUCUUCAAGAUUGUUAUGCGGGUGUGUCCCUUUAC